AUGAAGAUCACCUCCGACAUCCUCCGCCUCAUCACCGCAGCGAUGGGCCUGCUCGCCACGACAGCCCAUGCGCAGAACUCAUCCACCGUCGGCCCCGAGAGAGGCUCUCUCGUCGUCGUGGGGGGCGGCUCUCUCAGCGACAGCAUCUACCAGCGCGUCAUCGACCUGGCGGGCGGCAGCGGGCCCGCCUCCUCCAUCGUGGUGAUCCCGACGGCUGACGGAGCGGACUCGCACGACCAGGACGCAGCUGGGGCGGCGGCGUUCAGGCGCCUCGGCGCGGGGAAUGUCACGGUGCUGCAUACUUACGACCCGGCCGUCGCGGACACGGAGGAGUUUGUCGCGCCGCUGCUGGCCGCGACGGGGGUGUGGUUCGGCGGCGGGAGGCAGUGGCGCCUUGUGGAUGCGUACGCGGGCACAAGGUCUGAGGCGGAGUUCAGGGCUGUCCUCGAGCGCGGCGGUGUCAUCGGAGGUUCAAGCGCCGGGGCGAGCAUCCAGGGGAGUUUCCUUGCGCGGGGGGACACGGCAAACAACCAGAUUAUGGUUGGGGAUCACCAGGUCGGGUUUGGGUAUCUGAAGAACACGGCUAUCGACCAGCAUGUCCUGGUGCGGAACCGCGUGUUCGACCUGUUCGACAUCCUGAAGGUCAGGCCUGAGCUGCUCGCGUUCGGCAUCGAUGAGAACACGGCGCUGGUUGUCUCCGGGAACGAUGCUGAGGUCAUCGGGGCGAGCUACGUCGCCGUCUACGACGGGGGGUUCUGGUCGAGGGAGGGCAGCGAGCUCAAGAACCUGCCUGAUUCGUCUUCUAUAUUUUACUACUUGAGGAAUGGUGAUCGAAAACAUCUCGAUACAGCCAUGCCUAUGCAAUUCAUCCACGUUCCAUUUGCUAGUCUCCUCGCUUGCUCCCGAGCCAGCAAGGGGCAAUAUGACGGACACAAAGUGGUCCGCGUCAAGACGGACGGACGGCCAAAUGCAGUGCUGAAGAGGCUUGCCAGCAUAUCCUUGGAGCCGUGGAAGGAAGAAACCGUGGGCAGCCACUUCGAUGUUGUCGUCCCACCCGAGAAACUGGCCCAGUUCGAAUCCCUCAAACUCAGGAGUACCAUCCUUCAUACGGACCUUGGAGAGUCCAUCGCCGCAGAAUCCGCUUCACAGAGCACGUGGAAGAGACAGGCUGACGAUCUCUCGUGGUACGACACGUACCACCCAUAUAAGGACCACAUUCAAUAUUUUGAGGACCUCCAGGCGUUGUUCCCAAACAACUCUGAGUUGAUCUCUUCUGGUACAUCCUACGAGGGCCGGGAUCUCUUUGGUAUUCACCUGUGGGGUGACGCCGGCCCGGGAAAGCCUGCAGUGCUCUACCAUGGUACUACCGUUGAGUAUCUCACGCUGCAGCUCAUCCACGGCUACAAAGGGGGCGACAACGAUACCCGCACUGUUCUGGACAGCUUUGACUUCUACAUCGUCCCGAUAGUCAAUCCCGACGGGUUCGUGUACACGCAAACCACCGAACGACUGUGGCGCAAGAACCGCCAGCCCGGACCAGCAAACUCGACCUGCGUGGGGCGCGACAUCAACAGGAACUGGGAGUUCGCCUGGAACCCGACAUCAAGCGGCGCCUCGGCCGACCCGUGCGGGCAGACGUACGGCGGGGAGGCGCCGUCAGACUCGCCCGAGAACAAGGGGCUCGACGGGCUGGUGCGCGAGCUGCGCGACAGGGUCGGCAUCAAGCUGUACAUCGACUGGCACAGCUACGGGCAGUACUUUUUGUUUCCCUACGGCUACAACGAGACCAUCUACCUCCCGCAGCUGGGCAAGUGGAGCAGGACGGGCUCGCUCAUGAGUGAGGAGAUCCGCGACAGCUCGGACCGGAGGACGACCUUUACGUUUGGGCCUGGGGGUGCGAUUCUGUACCGGUCUGUGGGCAACUCGCGUGAUCAUGUGUAUGCCAUUGGAGGGGCGGACUUCUCGUGGACGAUUGAGUUGCCUGACACCGGGGACUUUGGUUUUGUUCUGCCGCCUGAGCAGAUUCGGCCGACUGUUGAGGAGCAGUGGGCUGGACAGAAAGUUCUGUACAGUCUUCUCAACGAAGUCUUCUUUGACGAUGAAGGCCCUGCAUAA